AUGAAGUCUUUCAACCAAGCAAUUUGCGUGGCAAUUCUCGCCGCCGCAUCUCUUGUGGGAGCUGCACCUGUGUCUACCGAGGUGAAGCGUGACCAGUACGAUGUCACUAUGAAGUGCCAGGCUGCCUAUGCGGACCUUCUCGAGAAGCGGGACCAGUAUGAUGUUACUAUGAAAUGCCAGGCCGCUUACGCCGAUCUGAUCGAGAAGCGUGAUCAGUACGAUGUGACUAUGAAGUGUCAGGCUGCUUACGCGGAUCUUCUCGAGAAGCGUGACCAGUAUGAUGUUACUAUGAAAUGCCAAGCUGCCUACGCCGAUCUGAUCGAGAAACGCGACCAAUACGAUGUGACCAUGAAAUGCCAAGCUGCAUAUGCGGACUUGCUCGAGAAGCGGGAUCAAUAUGAUGUUACUAUGAAAUGCCAAGCUGCCUACGCAGAUCUGCUCGAAGAUAACUAG